CCACCCAGCCGUUUCCCUUUAGGAUUGCCCUCCUUAUCCCGGUGAGGGCAUAUUCGGCUAGAAACCAGACAAGUUCCUCUCCAUUCUUGACCAGGCCUUAGCACCUCCCCCCCUCCAUCGACCCAUUCUUUCGGGACGGACAGAAUAAGGAUCCUUCCCUGGACAGUAGGCACCUUAUUGUUGGGCGUGUAGACCCCACAUUUGGGGGCAUUUCCUGCUCAUUUCCUGUCCUUCUGAUGACUGUUGAAGGAGGGGAGUGCUUUGCUUGUGGGAAAUGCUUCGUGGGCGUGUACUGUAGAUAGGAGCUUUUCCCAAAGUGAUGUCCCUCGUCCUUUGUAUUACAGUACCCCGAUUACCAACCAACUGGAGAUGUUGGGAGUUGUAUUCCAACCUUUCUGAAGUGCCUGAAACUAUCACUCUUACCUGACUAAAUCACUAUCACCAUGGGGGAAAGGAAAGGAGUCAACAAGUAUUACCCACCUGAUUUUGAUCCAGCCAAGCAUGGCUCCCUUAACAAAUAUCGCAACAGCCAUCCACUUCGGGAAAGAGCUCGUAAACUCUCCCAGGGCAUCCUCAUCAUCAGAUUUGAGAUGCCCUAUAAUAUCUGGUGUGAUGGCUGCCAGAAUCACAUUGGGAUGGGUGUUCGCUAUAAUGCGGAGAAGAAGAAGGUCGGUAAUUAUUACACCACUCCUAUUUUCAGGUUCCGUAUGAAGUGCCACCUUUGCCCCAACUACAUUGAGAUGCAGACCGAUCCUGCCAGUUGUGACUAUGUCAUUGUCAGUGGUGCCCGGCGCAAGGAAGAGCGCUGGGAUGCUGAAGCUAGUGAACAAGUAGUGGCCACAGCCCACGAGGAGAAGCAGAAGCUGGAGACAGAUGCUAUGUAUCGAUUGGAGCACGGCACACAGGAUCAAAGCAAGCUUCAGCGAGCUCUCCCUACCCUCCAGAAUAUUCAGGAGGCUCAAAGUGCCUGGAAGGAUGAUUUUGCGAUCAACAGCCUUCUUCGUCGGAAAUUCAGGGAAGAGAAGAAAGUUCUGCAAGAAGAAGAGAAAAAAGACCUUGCUUUGCAGGCAAGAGCAAACCUAAGCAUCCCACUUGUGCAGGAAGCUGAAGAAGAUCGGCAUCUGGCAGCGCUCCUCAAGUACCAGAGCCUUGACUCCUAUGAAGACAAACAGAAACAAAAACGCAAUGAGAUUGUGGAUCGCCCAUGGUUCUCAAGUCCUAAAACCAAUGACAUCCUGAAAAAGUUGGCAUUUGUUGGGAAAUCUCCAUCUAGCAAGUCCCUUGCACCUCUAAACAGCCUGGGUGUUGUGUGUCGGAAAUCCAAGGAUACCAAGCAAGUUUCCAGUGAAGGGGAGAGCAAUAUCUCUGAUGCCCCAGCACAAGUUAACAGGCAGGACAGUGGAGCAAGUGAAAUGCUCCUUGACUCUUCCACUAGGCCUUCAGGAGGCUCCCAAAAGGCUGAGGGAAGCCCUUCCUCUAGUUUUGCUGCUUCUCUGGUUGCAGAUUAUUCAGACUCUGCAUCUGGUUCAGAAGCUGAACUUUGAACUGAGUUUAUGGGUAGAGAGAAAAUAUGGCCGGAAAUGGUGUGCAAAUCAGUGUCUUUUUUCCCCUCCAAACAAACAAAAGUACUCUUUGCAGAUGGUACAUGAAGCAGUUGGAAUACGUGAAUAGAAAUGUCUAUGUGUCUGUGAGUGUGUGUGAAAAAGAGAGAGAAGAGUGCACACAUUUUGCUGUCUUUUCUUAUGUCAUCUGCACUUGUUCCCCAAUUAUUUAAACAUAAGCCCACUGUUUUGUCCCAAGUAUCAUAAAAUAAACUGCUAUCUCCUUAGCCUU